AUGGUCAGAAGGUUUGAUAUACGUUUAAUUCAUGAAAAACCGCGCCGCGGGAUAAAACAAUCACCAUACAAGGCAUUAUUUGGAAUAGAACCCAGAGUAGGACUUUCGACUUCCUCUUUGCCGCAAGAAAUCAUAAAUGAUAUUCAGGAUAAAGAUGAUUUAAGGAAGGUAAUAGAAGAUGAUCGUAAUGUUAACCUAACAGAAGAUAGUGAUGGUAACGUUGUGGAAGUUAGUAAUCGAGAAAAAGUUUCUUCAUAUGAAAAUGACAUUCAUAAAGCUAGAACAACUGCAGCAGAAAAUCUUGUGAAACAGGCUAAGAAAAUGAAAGCUACUUCUGACAAGUCUCAUCCACCUGCCAACAUUGGAGAUAAUGUGACUAUACCGAUUCCAGAUGUUGCUAAAGGCAAAGGUGAUCUCAGAAACAUUAUUGGAGUUAUUCUUCAGAAAAAUGACGAGGGUUUUUACAAAGUUGGCACCAAACAUGGAAUCAGAAUUCGGCUUUUGCAAUCAAACUUUUUUAGAGGUAGCAGAUGUAAACCAAGUCUCUGA